CACUCUACUUGAAGCUUCCUCGUAGCUAUAUCCUCCUUCUACCCCUCCAAUCCGUCAUGAGCCGCCUACGCCAUGCUCUCCAAGAAGCCCGCCAUCCUUCUAUCCUCCUACAGCAACCUCUCGGCCCUCUAUAAACCCUCUUCCUCCCAAUCUACGUCACCAUGCCCCUCUACUCCCCUCUGUCGAACCUACGUGACAGCCUCCCAACAAUCCUCCGAAUCAAAGCUUCCCUCCCAUGACGAGGCUCACGACCUCCAUUGGCCCGCUCCGGCACAUCCACAUACCCUCCCGUCUCCCUAUCAAAUUCUCUCUUGCGCCCCAGGCACACCAUAUACCAAAGCACGCUUCUACGCCCUAGUCAAGCUCUACCACCCCGACCGCUUCCAUGACGCCUCACCCGCCGCUGCCCUCCCCCAGCACACGCGGCUGGAGCGGUACCGUCUCCUCGUCGCCGCUCACGCUUUGCUCUCCGACCCCGCCCGCCGCUCCGCCUACGAUUCACACGGAGCUGGCUGGGCUGCCCCUCCGCGAUCAUACACAACACCGCGGAAAUGGCCACCAGGCCAAGACCCAAUGAGGAAUGCGACGUGGGAAGACUGGGAGCGGUGGCACUCUCGCCAAAACGGACAGGAGCCGCAAUCACCCGUCUUCGCCUCCAACUUCGCCUUUUUGAGUUUCAUUGUUGUGCUCGCAUGUCUAGGGGGUGUUGGACAGGCGACAAGAGCGAGUAAUUUUAGCACGAGUGUGCUGGAGCAGACCGAUCGGAAGCAUCGGGAGGCAAGCCGGGAGCUGAUGACGCAGCGACGGGCAGCGGUGGGGAUGGACAAGGGUGCACAGAUUCAGAGUCUCUUGCGAAGGGCGGAGCUGGAUGGAUAUACGGGGCUGACGGGCCACUCGGUAAAUAAUCCCGAGAGGUGUAGCACAGAGACUGUGAGGGAGAGGUGAGGUGGGAAUAUCAGUCUCUUGUCAGAGAGCUGAGUCGUCGAAUGGAGGCAUGGUGAUGAUACUUACGGCCAUUGGGUGUACAUACGGAUGGAUUCUUGCUUUUUGGAUCGAGGAGAUUGGCUGGGUGGUCAUUAUUUUGGUGAUUAUCACCGGCGUUAGGCUUGCAUAGGCGACACGCAUCCUGGCUACGUCCUGGAUCUGUACGGAGACACAAAUCAAUAAACUGUGCAAGAUAGACUAACGAAGAGUUAUAAAUUGGUACGAGCGACGAGGGAUUUCCCGCGGCAUGCGGACUGACAACUCUUAAAUAUGAUCGUCUUGAACUACAGAAGACCUCCGGUUCACACGAUUAGGCGCGGAGUCAGCUUUGUAGAACGUAAUCAAGUUCCAGAACGAUUUUAAUUAAACUGCGGACAGCUUGUCGUGAGAAACUCACUGCCCAUGCCCCUGAGCAUUUCUCUCGCACAUGAUGCCU